AUGACUGGCACGACUGGAAUGACUGCAUGUGAUGGCAUGACUGCAUGUGAUGGCAUGACUGCAUGUGAUGGCAUGACUGCAUGUGAUGGCAUGAGUGCAUGUGAUGGCAUGAGUGCAUGUGAUGGCAUGAGUGCAUGUGAUGGCAUGAGUGCAUGUGAUGGCAUGACUGCAUGUGAUGGCAUGAGUGCAUGUGAUGGCAUGAGUGCAUGUGAUGGCAUGACUGCAUGUGAUGGCAUGACUGCAUGUGAUGGCAUGACUGCAUGUGAUGGCAUGACUGCAUGUGAUGGCAUGACUGCAUGUGAUGGCAUGAGUGCAUGUGAUGGCAUGACUGCAUGUGAUGGCAUGAGUGCAUGUGAUGGCAUGAGUGCAUGUGAUGGCAUGAGUGCAUGUGAUGGCAUGAGUGCAUGUGAUGGCAUGACUGCAUGUGAUGGCAUGAGUGCAUGUGAUGGCAUGAGUGCAUGUGAUGGCAUGACUGCAUGUGAUGGCAUGACUGCAUGUGAUGGCAUGAGUGCAUGUGAUGGCAUGAGUGCAUGUGAUGGCAUGAGUGCAUGUGAUGGCAUGACUGCAUGUGAUGGCAUGAGUGCAUGUGAUGGCAUGAUGCAUACUGCAUGUGAUGGCAUGACUGCAUGUGAUGGCAUGAGUGCAUGUGAUGGCAUGAGUGCAUGUGAUGGCAUGAGUGCAUGUGAUGGCAUGACUGCAUGUGAUGGCAUGAGUGCAUGUGAUGGCAUGAGUGCAUGUGAUGGCAUGAGUGCAUGUGAUGGCAUGAGUGCAUGUGAUGGCAUGAGUGCAUGUGAUGGCAUGAGUGCAUGUGAUGGCAUGACUGCAUGUGAUGGCAUGACUGCAUGUGAUGGCAUGAGUGCAUGUGAUGGCAUGAGUGCAUGUGAUGGCAUGAGUGCAUGUGAUGGCAUGACUGCAUGUGAUGGCAUGAGUGCAUGUGAUGGCAUGAGUGCAUGUGAUGGCAUGAGUGCAUGUGAUGGCAUGACUGCAUGUGAUGGCAUGAGUGCAUGUGAUGGCAUGAGUGCAUGUGAUGGCAUGAGUGCAUGUGAUGGCAUGAGUGCAUGUGAUGGCAUGACUGCAUGUGAUGGCAUGACUGCAUGUGAUGGCAUGAGUGCAUGUGAUGGCAUGACUGCAUGUGAUGGCAUGAGUGCAUGUGAUGGCAUGAGUGCAUGUGAUGGCAUGACUGCAUGUGAUGGCAUGACUGCAUGUGAUGGCAUGAGUGCAUGUGAUGGCAUGAGUGCAUGUGAUGGCAUGAGUGCAUGUGAUGGCAUGACUGCAUGUGAUGGCAUGAGUGCAUGUGAUGGCAUGAGUGCAUGUGAUGGCAUGAGUGCAUGUGAUGGCAUGAGUGCAUGUGAUGGCAUGACUGCAUGUGAUGGCAUGACUGCAUGUGAUGGCAUGAGUGCAUGUGAUGGCAUGACUGCAUGUGAUGGCAUGAGUGCAUGUGAUGGCAUGAGUGCAUGUGAUGGCAUGAGUGCAUGUGAUGGCAUGACUGCAUGUGAUGGCAUGAGUGCAUGUGAUGGCAUGAGUGCAUGUGAUGGCAUGAGUGCAUGUGAUGGCAUGACUGCAUGUGAUGGCAUGAGUGCAUGUGAUGGCAUGAGUGCAUGUGAUGGCAUGAGUGCAUGUGAUGGCAUGACUGCAUGUGAUGGCAUGACUGCAUGUGAUGGCAUGAGUGCAUGUGAUGGCAUGAGUGCAUGUGAUGGCAUGAGUGCAUGUGAUGGCAUGACUGCAUGUGAUGGCAUGACUGCAUGUGAUGGCAUGAGUGCAUGUGAUGGCAUGAGUGCAUGUGAUGGCAUGAGUGCAUGUGAUGGCAUGACUGCAUGUGAUGGCAUGAGUGCAUGUGAUGGCAUGAGUGCAUGUGAUGCAUGA